AAUCCGAACUGUGGGCUCGACUCGAGGCGAUCAAUCAAGCAACCAAGCAACAGCACGAUGGCCUCCGAUCUCAGCAAAAAGCGGAAGCUUAAGGACGCCAAAUCUGCCAAGGUCGAGGGUGCCGUGCGGAAAUCCAAAAAGUCUAAGCGAGACCCGAGCCCCGAGGAAAGCGACGUCGAGGUCAACGAUGCCCCCGAAGCCGUGACCGAGGAGGCGGCUGCGGUCUCCGACAAUGCCUCCGUAGAAGCGGAGGAGGAAGUGGCUAGCGAGGCCAUGGACCAGAACCAAGAUCAAGACCAGGACGGCGACGAGAUCAGGGCACCGAAUGACUCUCUCCUCCCUCCUUCCAUCGCCACCGACGCACAGGACUUUGCCGAGCUCAAACUCUCUGACAAGACCAUGCAGGCAAUUGGCGAGAUGGGCUUCACAAAGAUGACUGAGAUCCAGAGGAGAGGCAUCCCGCCCCUUCUCGCCGGCAAGGACGUGCUCGGGGCGGCCAAGACUGGCUCGGGAAAGACUCUCGCCUUCCUCAUUCCGGCAAUCGAGAUGCUGCACUCGCUGCGCUUCAAGCCAAGGAACGGCACCGGCGUUAUUAUCGUCACACCAACCCGCGAAUUGGCGCUGCAAAUCUUUGGCGUUGCGCGUGAACUUAUGGCCAACCACUCCCAGACAUACGGCGUUGUCAUUGGCGGCGCGAACCGCAGAGCCGAGGCGGACAAGCUUGGCAAGGGUGUGAAUCUGCUUAUUUCGACACCUGGCCGACUCCUAGACCACCUCCAAAACACCCCCUUCGUCUUCAAGAACCUGCGAUCCCUGAUCAUCGACGAGGCCGACCGGAUAUUGGAAACCGGCUUCGAGGACGAGAUGCGCCAGAUCGUCAAGAUCCUGCCCAAGGAAGGCCGGCAGACAAUGCUCUUCUCCGCGACGCAGACCACUAAAGUCGAAGACCUGGCGAGAAUCUCGCUGCGGCCGGGGCCCCUCUACAUCAACGUUGACGAGGAGAAGCAGUUCAGCACAGUGGAGGGUCUCGACCAGGGCUAUGUCAUCGUCGACGCCGACAUGCGCUUCCUGCUGCUCUUUUCAUUCCUCAAGAAGAUGUCCAAGAAGAAGAUCAUCGUUUUCCUCUCCUCUUGUAACUCGGUUAAGUACUACAGUGAACUCCUGCAGUACAUUGACUUGCAGGUUCUCGACCUCCACGGGAAACAAAAGCAGCAGAAGCGCACCAACACCUUCUUCGAGUUCUGCAACGCCAAGCAGGGGACGCUGAUCUGCACAGAUGUAGCCGCUCGCGGUCUUGACAUCCCCCAAGUGGACUGGAUCGUCCAGUUCGAUCCGCCGGAUGACCCGCGUGACUACAUCCACCGCGUCGGCCGGACGGCAAGAGGCAACAACACCAAGGGCCGGUCGCUGCUCUUCCUGCAGCCGAAUGAGAUUGGAUUCCUGGCCCAUCUCAAGGCGGCCAAGGUGCCUGUCGUCGAGUACGACUUUCCCAAGAACAAGAUCCUCAAUGUGCAGUCUCAGCUCGAGAAGCUCAUUGGGCAAAACUACUACCUUAAUCAAAGCGCAAAGGACGGAUACCGCUCGUAUCUGCACGCCUACGCCUCUCACGGUCUCCGGAGCGUCUUUGACAUUCACAAGCUCGACCUGCUCAAGGUCGCAAAGAGUUUCGGGUUCACUCAGCCACCGCGAGUCGACAUUACGCUGGCUGCUGGCAUGAGCCGAGACAAGAAGACGCAGCCAAGGCGAGCAUAUGGCAGCCAGCCGCGGCAGGGUGGCGCGAGUGGCCGGCGCAAUGAUUAGACUUGCUAGAUACCUAGCUAAUGGCGGCUUGGCAUGAGCUUUUGUGUCGUGGCGGUUUCUACGGCGUUGUUAUAAAUACCAAUCCAGCUCUCGGUCAUCUUCUGAGUUCGUGGGAUUCCCCUCGGCGCCUUAAGCGUUGAAGUCCUAUUCUCCCUUAAUGUUGGUCAGGGUAGGAGAAUCGGGGUUCCAAUGGUGUACGGCGCCGGUGCGUUUACUUAGCUGGAACGGCAGACUUCCAUCUCCAAUGAAUCCAGUUAAACUGCUAGUAAAUUGAACGUUAUAUCACCCUGU